GCUACAUCGCAACCCCGCCAACUCAUAUCCCAGCAGCUACUCGGGCUACGGAUAGCUGGGAUGGCGUCGGUAGUCUCGAGACCAAAGGAGUAUCUGCAUUCUGGGAAUGUUAGGGACAACCCGGAAAAAGAUAAAAGGACGCGGAGAAGGCACAGGCAAAGGCAAAACCGCCGGCCGCGGACAAAAAGGAUACCACGCCAAACACUCCACAACAGGCCCUUACCGCGGUUUCGAGGGCGGGCAGUCCGGUCUCAUCUCUGCCAUCCCCAAACUCGGAAACAGGGGUCUUCCCAAACCCCGUCUGACGAGGCUGUACCUCGACACGUUGCAGCAUUUCAUUGAUACGGGGAAGCUGGAUACGAGCAAGACGAUUACGAUUAGGGAGCUAGUUGAGGCCGGAGCGGUGGGGAAGAUUAAAGAUGGGGUUGUGUUGUUGGGGAAGGGCGGAGAAUUCUUCACCCACAAGAUCGACCUCGAAGUCACCCGCGCCUCCCAACCCGCCAUCAAAGUCGUCGAACAGCGCGGCGGCAAAGUAGCCGCGGUAUUCCACGGCAAAACAGCGCUGAAAGCGAUGCUCAACCCGUCCAAGUGGGCGAUCAUGCCCCAGAACCCGAUCCCGACUGCUGCGCAUGCUAUGGCACGCUACACCGACCCCGUCCGCCGCGGUUCCCUCGCCCCCGUCGUCGAAGGCGUCGAGAAAUCAGCCGUCGUCUCCAAAUUGCUCGCGAUGGCCGCCGCGAAGCGCGCCGCUGCUGCUGCGGCGUCGGGGCAAUCUACUACCGCACGUCCCUCUGCGUGAGGGGGGUUGAGAUGGGACAUGCGGGCUGGGGAUGAGCCGGGCACUUUUUAUUUUGUACAGAGAUCAUGAAUUCCAAAACGAGACGUGUUUCUGCAAAGCGGGGUUUGGCAAUAUCUUGGGUUACAGACGAGAGGUGGAGUGUGCGUGUCUGGGGGAUAUUUGAGGACGAGCGAACAGGCGCGCACGGAGGCUUUUUGCGUGAGAUGAGAUCGACGGCACGCUAUUCAUUGGGUAGUGGGAAGGGUGGCCAGCUGCCAGACGGCAUUUCCAAGACUUGUUUCAGCACGGGAUGUGUUCCUCCGGUUUCCGU